AUGCAUCUCAUUCUGGCGCUGAGUGUCAUAAUUCUACAACAGUUCGAUUUGUAUUCAUGCCAUUCUCUAACAAGAAGAUUGGAUGACCUGCGUUUUCAUAAAUUACCUGAAGACUCAAUACAGUCUUAUGAAUUUACAAAUAGUGAGUUUUCAGACCUUAUUCAUCCCAUUAUAUAUAGAAUACCUUCAGAAAAAGCGAAUAAAGCGCCAAAUAAUUUUGAUAAAUUGACAAUAGAGCCAUAUCAACAAAGAAAUUAUACGAACUUCAAAUGGAGAAGAAACUCCCCUUUGCCCAGAUUAAAUAAACAAAAGAAAACUUUUGGACCUCUCGCCAUAAUUGUAACAAACCUACCAGACUUAACAAAGCUUAAAGAAAAACAAUACAAGCAUCUCAAGGAAACAGAAAAUUUAAAAGAAAUUAAAGAUGAAAUUAAGCCUAUUGCUGUAUCAAAGGAAUCAAUGAAGUAUUCAAAACCGAUGUCCACUGAAAUAAAUCGUGAAAAUAGUAAGGUUUUUGAUUCAAAAAGAAAAUCAACCGGUGAAAAUGCUCAAGAAGCGAACAUUGCGAUAUCUAAAAACGUUGAUUCACUCAAUAUUAGAUCUUCUGAUGAAGUUUCAGAUAAUUCAAAUGAAAAUAUUUUAAAAAUCGAAGACAUUGCCCUUAACCAUUUCAAAGAAAGAAAAGGUUAUGAAAACAUUGCUAGUGACACUCGUAAUACGGAAAAUGAAAUGUUGUAUUAUUCUCAAAAUGAAAGUGAUUCAAAUGAAAACGGAGAUGUUAUAGUAUCAAAUGAAAUUUUGCAUGAUAAAUUGAGAUCUGAUGAUCAAGUCAGAAAAACUGAAUCGACCAAUGAAAAUAAAGCUGAAAUGGAUAGUAUGGAGGAAGGUAACGUUGAAAGGGUUUUAACUGAAAAACAAACAUCUCUUGAGAAGAACCCACAAAGUGAUGAAAAACUAAUAACACAAGCUCAUGACGAUUUUGUAACUCGUUUAUUCAUUGACCAUAGUCAUGAAAAUGAUAAUAUAAUUAAACGUUUAGAUUCGAGCGAAGGAAAUAGAGAUGAGAUUGCAAGAGAACCGAUAAUAAAUAAUAUUGACAAACAAAUCAUUUUGGACCAUGAUUUUUCCGUACAAUUCAGCAAACAAUCUGAAGGAGACAAUUCAACUCUUGAUGAUUCUGAAUAUAUUCCAAUUAAAAUUAAGGAAGACGAAAAAAAUAAAAAUAACGUAAAUUAUAAGGAAGCUGAAGCAAAGACUUCCGACGGUAUCAUUACACACGCAAGGUAUAUAAUUUAUCGUUUCUUUUCAACAGAUAAGUGA